AUGCCACCCUCCUGGGCAUCACCUCCCUGGACCAAUCAGAGCCGCUCACGUGAGCUGGAGUUCGUGCUGCUGGGCUUCUCACACGUGCCCUCCCUGCGCCCAAUGCUUGCAGUGCUCUUCCUGGUUGCCUUCCUGCUCACGUUGCUAGGCAACACGCUCAUCUUCAUUCUCACCAGCCUGGACCCAGGCCUGCGUGCACCCAUGUACUUCUUCCUGCGCCAUCUGGCACUGGUGGAGAUCUGCUUCUCACUGGACGUUUCUCCCCGUCUGCUGGUGACCCUGCUGCAGCCUGGACGCGGGAUGUUCCCCAUAAGCUGUGCCCUACAGCUGCUUCUAGUGCUGUCCUUAGUCACAUCCGAGUGUUUCCUCCUCACGGUCAUGGCCUGGGACCGCUUCCUGGCCAUUUGUAGGCCUCUGCGAUAUGGUGCCAUCAUGAGCUUGAGGCUGUGCCACCUGCUGGCUGCCGCCUGCUGGCUCACAGGAUUACCAAUAUCUGUGGCCCUCACCAUCUGGCUCUUUAACUUCCCAUUCUGUGGGCCACGGGGCAUCAGGCACUUCUUAUGUGAUAUACCACCUCUGCUGAGCCUGGUGUGUGCAGACACCAGAGUCUUCGAGGCUAGUAUGUUCGUUAUCACAGUGUUAGUUAUCAUGGUUCCCUUUAGUCUUAUAGCAACGUCCUACAUCAUGAUUCUGGCUGCGGUCCUUCGGAUGCCAUCAGCGUCUGGGCGCCACAAGGCCCUGUCUACCUGUGCCUCCCACCUCAUUGUGGUGAUUCUGUUUUAUGGCACAACUGGGGUCAUCCAUUUGCGCCCCAAGGCCAGCUACUCUCCUGAGAGCAAGCAAGUGGUGUCCCUGUCAUACACCAUUGUGACGCCCAUGCUCAACCCUCUCAUCUACAGCCUGAGGAACAAGGAGGUCAAGGAUGCCUUCCGGCGUGUCUUCAUUCAGAGACGAGGAACCUUUAUCCCCUGACCUCUAUAGACUUCAUUUACCCAAUCAUUUGGAGAUCAUCUCUACCCAAGUGGUCUUGAGGACCUCGGUGCAUGAGCUGAGCUCCAGGAAUCCAACUGAUGGGAGAGAGGAGGGAUUCUAUAAGUGAGAGACAU